AUGCGCGCCUGGACAACCACCUGCCUCGGCAGUCCACGACAAGCUCUCUCCUUCCAACCCACCCGCCCCGUCCCUUCCUUACCACCCACCAACCCCCGACUGGUCCUGAUCCGGGUAACCCACUCAGCCCUAAACCCAGCCGACCUGGUCCUCUUACACACCGCACCCCCCUGGCUACCCUUCCGCCGGUCACCCGUUCCCGGGCAAGACUUUGUCGGCGAGGUCGUCGCCCUUCCUGCCAACCCCUUGCCUGCCGAGCUGAGGGGAUUGCGGGUCGGGGACCGGGUCGGCGGCGCCACUGGGUUGUGGGACGUUGCGCUGGGCAGGGGUUCAUUGGCUGAGUACAUGGUUAUUGAUGCGGGUUCGGUGGCGGUUGUGCCUGAGGGGAUUGAGUCGAGGCAGGCGGUCGGGCUGAUGGGGAUUGCCGGCCAGACGGCGGUGGAGAUGAUCAGGCGUGCUGGGUUUGUACCAGGGGAUGGGAAGGUUGCGAGGGUGCUGGUUAAUGGGGCGAGUGGAGGGGUGGGCACGGUUCUGGUGCAGGCGUUGAAAGGGAUGGGGAAGGAGGUGGUGGCGGUUUGUUCUGCGGCUAAUGCUGAGAUGGUCAGGGAGCUCGGGGCUGAUGAGGUCAUUGAUUACAAGGUUCAUGACCCGUUGGAGAGGCACCUGGCCGCGGAGUUUGGGGAGAAGCAGUUUGAUGCUAUCCUCGACUGUGUGGGUAACCAGGCGCUGUACGCCCACUCGCCUGGCUAUCUGAAACCGGACGGCAAAUUCAUCAGCAUCGUGGGCGGAUGGUCGCAGGGGAUCAUACCCUACGCCAGGAACAAGCUGCUGCCCGUGUUCCUCGGAGGGGUUCCGCGGAGCUUCCACAUGUUCCUCCUCAGCGCCUCGGGCGAGACGGCGAAGAAGGCUGCGCAGUGGUUUAAGCAAGGACUGAUAAAACAGGUUCCUAUCGAUUCCGAGUUCCCCUUGGAACAAGGCAUUGAGGCAUUUGAGAAACUAGCGACUAAGAGGGCCAAGGGCAAGAUUAUCAUCAAUGUUGCUGGGACCAGUUAA